CACAACGGCACGAGCUCCGUUACGCACGGCGGCCAAAUUGCGCAGAGCGGACUGGACGUGCUCGGAGGCGGCAGUUAAAGUUUAACCGACGCUGAAGCUGCAGACGUGCACGAGCUUUAAAAGUGGAACUAUGACGCAGCGGCAGGACUUGAAGCCGCCGUACAGGUGAAUUUGGCACCGUUUGAAUUUUUAACCCCAAAACCUUCCCCAGAAUGAACCUGUCGGAGUCCGAGCGGCUCUGGGAGGAUCCGUGGAACCUGAACAUCUUCGAGGAAGACGAGCGGCAGCAGCUCUUAUUCGGGAUCGGCACGGAUAACUUCAUCACGCUGCUGGUGUUCGGGCUCAUCUUUACGCUCGGCGUGUUGGGGAACUCCAUGGUCAUCACCGUGCUGGCGCGCAGCAAGCCGGGAAAACCGCGCAGCACCACCAACAUCUUCAUCCUCAACCUGAGCAUCGCGGACCUGUCCUACCUGCUCUUCUGCAUCCCCUUCCAGUCCACCAUCUACAUAUUGCCGACCUGGGUGCUGGGCGCCUUCAUCUGCAAGUUCAUCCACUACUUCUUCACCGUGUCCAUGCUGGUCAGCAUCUUCACGCUGUCUGCCAUGUCCGUGGACCGCUACAUCGCCAUCGUGCACUCCAGAAAGUCCUCCUCCAUCCGGGUGGUGCGGCACGCGCUGAUCGGGGUGCUGGUGAUCUGGAUUCUGUCUCUGGCCAUGGCAGCGCCCGUCAUGCAUCACCAGAACCUGUUCCAGAGAGAUGAGAACCACACGUUCUGCUGGGAAGUGUGGCCUGAUCAAACCCACAAGAAAGUCUACGUGGUGUGCACCUUUGUUUUUGGCUAUGUUCUCCCCCUGAUGCUUAUUUCCUUCUGUUAUGCAAAGGUUUUAAACCAUUUGCACAAAAAGCUCAGACAUGUGUCCAAAAAGUCAGAGGCAUCAAAGAAAAAGACGGCUCAGACGGUGCUGGUCGUGGUGGUGGUCUUCUGCCUGUCUUGGCUCCCUCAUCAUGUGGUCUAUCUGUGGGUGGAGUUUGGGACCUUCCCUCUGACCCAGGCCUCCUUCGUGCUCCGGGUUGCUGCCCACUGCCUGGCGUACAGCAACUCCUCCGUCAACCCAGUGAUCUAUGGCUUCCUGUCGGAGAACUUCAGGAAGGCCUACAAGCAAGUGUUUAAAUGCCACGUGGGGAACAACAGCUCCCCGCUGAAUGGCAUCAAGGAACUCCGCAAUAAGGUGGAAACUCCACCCUCCACUUACUGCACCAACGUUUGACUGACUAGCUGUGGAUAGUGACUGAUGUGAUGUCGAUGUGGCGAC